AUGUCGACCACUUCACCGCCAACACCACCGCCAUCUUGCACCACCCCGCAGCCGCCCACCCCUGCCGCGCGGGCAGAUGACUCGCUAGGCUCGACUGUCACGAGACCGUAUGGCAGCAGCAACAACAGCAGUAUCAAUAGAAGCGAUGAUGGCAGAAACAGUCCAUCACAAGAAACGAACAAGCCACCACUCCUAUAUGAGGACUCCUAUGGGGAAUCCAGCCAUAAUGCGCGCGCUUCUUCCUGGCCGUCCCCGCCUCCCCCCUCUUUGAUCGCAACCACCCCUCCCCAAACACCACAAACCAGCAACAAUGCAGCCGACAACGACGACUUCUUCGCCCGCAACAAGCUGUCCAAGCUCGACAAGCUCAUGUGCGACGACAUCGCGCAGAGCCUGCUGGCCGCGCAGGGCUACGAGCGGUCUUCUCCUCCCCGCUACGCGUGGCAGGGGUGGUGCAGUUAUUCGGUCCUGCUCACGCAGACCAAAAACGACACCACUGACCGAAAUGGCAGCGGAAAGCGAGCGACGGACAUCCUCCUCCAAUUCCGUCCCCCCCGCCACGCCGUCGAUUCGAAGGUGCUGGCGCUCGCCCGCGCUGUUUAUGGCGAUGAGCGCGUGCCGCGGUUGGUGUAUGCGGCGGACGUGCUGCUUUGGCCGCGCGCGGUGCCGCCGGCGAGGGAGCUGUUUUUCUCCUCCGCGGCGAAGGGGAGGGAGGGGAGGAGGGAGGAGGUCAUGGCGAUGGAUCGGUUGUGUGUGACGGCGACGACGUUGUUGCCUGGGGUGCCGUAUGCGGUUGUGCAGCCGGGAAGGUCGGGGUGGAGGAGGGGGAGGGGGGCGGGGGAACGGGGGAGGGGAAAGAAGGCGGUUUUGACAAGGGAGGAGUUGGGGUGGCAGAGGGAGGUGGUGAGGGGCUUUGCGGGGUUCGUGGCGAGGGGGUGGAGGGGGGGUGGUGGUGCUGAUGGGGUGGUUCAUGGGUUCGAGGAGCAUGCUUCCUCGCAGCAGACGCCGGUGUCAGUCUCUUCGCUCAUGAAGGCGAGUGGCGGGGGCUCGUCCCUGUGCGACCGCAUCCCGGCGAAGCUCGCGCAGCUCUGUGAGCAGCUCCCGACGCUCGCGCUGAGGGAGAGGGCGGAGGGCGUGCGGAAGAACAAUCCUCGCCUUCCCAUGCUCCCUCUCACCCUCAACCACGGCGACCUCGUCCCGGGAAACAUCCUCGUCGACCGCGCGACGGGCCAGCUAACGGGCGUCGUCGACUGGGCCGAGGCCGAGGUCGGCUGGUGGGGGUUGCCGCUGUACGGCGUCGAGUUCUUGCUGGGGUUCGUGGAGAGCCGUCGCCACCGUCGAUCACCGGGGAGAGAGGAGAAGAACGACAUGGAAGAGGAGGCUGGGGAUGCUGGUGAUACACCUGGCGUGGCCUGGGGCGCAGAAGCGAAAGGUGGUGGCGGUGGCGGCACAUCGGGCGGGUCGGAAGGGACGACGAGGGCGUUUGAGUGGACGUACUAUGCGCAGGCGGAGGAGCUGCGGGGGCUGUUUUGGGAAGAGGUGGAGAGGGAGAUUGGCGGGGUGUUCGGAGAGCUGGAAGUGCGGCGGGCGGUGGAGGUGGUGAGGGAUGUGGGCGUGUUGUUGUGGUUCGGGUUCGCGUGGGAUGAUGGGAAGGUGGAUCGGGUGGUUGAUGAGGUGGAUGAUCCAAGGGAGGUUUUGUUGUUGGAGACGUUUUUGGGCGUGGGUGCGUAUGGGGGGAUAGCUGAGUGGGAGAAGGCAAGGCUGUAG